UUCUCAUCCUUGUGUGAAAUUUUGCAGAUACGCACGUCGCGCGCGUAACCGGCGCUCACCAGCCCCUCGGGCGGAAGGUACCGGACGACAAUGAGUUGGAGCCGGACGCCGCGGGACGUUCCCGACCGCGCCACGGUCGCGGAGUGAUAGGGGCUCGAGCGUUCCCCUUGGCCGAGCCGUGCCGGCCGGUGCCGGUCACUCGUCGGGGCACGCGAAGCCGCUCGGCGCUUGGGUAUCACGUGGCCGUCACAUGGAUCGCCCGCCGCGAAACACCAACGACGCGUAGCCGUCGAUCCUGCCCCAUUUUGUCGACGCGUCCCUGUCAAGAGCGCGAGAUGUUGGCAUAACCGCGACAUGGAGACGCUAUACACUGGCGCGAUUCACAGUUUUCCGCAGCCCGGCGGCGGAAUAGCUAAUGGCGUUUCCACGGGAAUCGCAAGUUCCUUCGACCAGGACGGCGUGCUUAGCCUCAUCGUCGUCCUCGGAGGAAGUCUGUCCCUGGUGGCCCUGGUGUUUGCGUUCAUCACCUAUAGCCUCUUCUCCGACUUGAGAAGCCUGGCAGGCACGACCCUGAUGAAUCUUUUGGCAGCCCUUUUCAUGGUUCAGCUGUUGUUCAUCGUAGGAGCUGGAGGAGUACAGGAUUCGGAGCUCUGCAUUUCGCUCGGUCUAAGUCUGCAGUAUCUCCGGGUGUCGGUGGUCUGCUGGCUGGCGGCGAUGUGCCACCACCUGUACGCUACCGUGGCGUCGCUGCCGCGUCGCGACGACCCGCCGACGUACAUAAAGUACAGCCUGUUCGCCUGGGGCGCGCCGUUGAUCAGCCUCGCACUGGCGACUUUCCUGCAGAAUCGUGAAAGUCGCGACUUCUGGGAUGUCGUUGAUCUCACUCCCUUCAAUUGCUGGUUUCUAGGAGCCACGGCGACAGUUUACGCGUAUGGUUUACCGAUCGUUCUGCUACUAUUAAUUUCCGGUUACUACCUCGUCAAGGCUGCAAUCGUGUCAAGGUACACGUGCAGCAUGCAGCUCGAGAUAAAGCAACGCGAGAAGAUGAAGAGGAGGCGGGCGUUGCAGCUGAUGCUAUUCCUGAAGGUCAGUCUGAUCGUCGGUCUGGUUGCCGGUUGCGGGGUGGCGUCCAGGGUCUGGAAAAUUCCCUUCCUAUGGGCGGUCUUCUGUACGGGCCAUUCCCUGCAGGGAUCGGCAGUGGCACUUUCCGUCGCGUGUAACUGCAGGGUCCUGAAAGUCUAUGCCAGGAAGUCACACAAGCAACCGGAACAUCAGAUCGCAAAAUCGAGCAGUAGCAUGCAGCUGCUCGCACCUGCACCGGACCCGGUUUAGACGAUCCCGAGGCGAUCCUCGGAACGGAACGGACAGGAACGAAGAGGAAAACCAACGAGUGGCGACGGCUGGUGUCUCUUUCUCUGCGAGCCAUAACUAUUUUUACAUCGAAAAUGUGCUGACAUUUCCCUCUUAACUUUGCCGUUUCUCUCUGUGACCGGGAUCUUCAUCCGUGACGUGCGAUUUCAGUUUCAGCCUCAAUAGCUUCAACCAUUUCUUUCAGCUCGAUAUCUUUUCGUUGUUUGAGAUAGGUAGAAAACUUUCAGAAAACUUGUAAUUCGUAGAAACUGGGAGGAAUACGAAAGGAGGAAAAACUUUGCAAAACUAUACUUUUGCUCGAUGAAUCCUUUAUUGAUUUGUUAUAAUUAUAAUUAUAACUCUGAGUUGUUAUCUUUGAUGAUUCAUGGCAGUCAUUGUGGAGAGAGAUAUACGCCGCAUUACAGUUGAAUAUAAUAAUCGUGGAUCAUUAAACAUUACUUGGGUCGCUAUUGUCCUCAGAGGGGUCGCUAUUGUCGGAAGGGCUGGAAACUCGAGUCCUUUUGCACGCACAAGCUAAUCCAUUUAUCGGCUAUAAUUAAUAAUCGUGUUCUAUGCGAGGCUUGCGCAAACGAGCCUAAUUUUGACGACUCAUUAUACGAUCCAUUGUUUAUUACACUCUACAAAUCUCUAUGAACUCUCGAACAAUGAAUUAUAACUAUUAUACUUAGCGCAAGUUUUAAAGAAGUAAAUUAAAAAGAAGAGUCAAACUUCUCGCGCGAGUAAGAGGGGCAAAUUAUAAACUUCGACUUUUCAAAGUUUUCAAAAUAAUGUUAAGAACUCGGAGAAUUAACUAUAGUUCACCAAAGCGGAUUGCUCCACGGACGCAAAGUUAUUAAUUAUUUCCGCGUAUGUUUAAUUAUUAUAUUAACCGGUAAGGAAUCACGAGUUGAAAUGACUUCGAAUGAUUUAACAAACCGACUCUUGACAAGUUGAAACUCUCUCAUGUGUCUAAUUUAAGAGAGGUCGAUUAUAAUUGAUUUCUCAUUUCGGUCUUACGCGCAUUCGGCAAGUUGCAGUGAUCUACGAGACUCGAAUCGCACGUCGCUGUCCUAAUCGCAUUUUGCAUGUCGAUUACGUAUGAUGUUCCGUAAUGUUAUAAUGCGAGAGACAACUUGAUACGGUUUCGAUAUGACGAAUGAUUUCACGCUUCAGCGAGGAACGCAAGCACCGGGAAAUACGUGACACACAGGCGGUGCGCUGCAACCAUCCCUAAUGUGAUAUGCAUAUCGUGUGUUAAAUACACUAUAACUGUAUAUAUAUAAUUCCGUGCGUGACGAAUAAUCGCUAACCUUAAUAAUUUUCAGUGUAUAGUGCCGCUUGGGAAACUGCGUGAUUUGUGAUCCAGAAACAUAAUUAAUAUGCAGUCAUAUAAUUAUUAUCCUGCUAUAACUUUUCUACGAUUGGUAAACGUAUCGUUGUUGAAUUCAAUCAUUUGCCUUAAUGCUAUAAUUCUUCACAUUACUUUGAAAUAAAUGCGUAUUAUCUCGAUCGUAAACAAAUUCUCUCGUGUUAAGAACUAAUAUUGAAAUAAAUGUACAUACAGAGAGUUGAAGAAGGAAAUAUUUUUCUCCAGAGAGAG